AUGAAGGAUUUCAUGGACAAUCCGCAGAUGAAGUACUUAGCCGAGAUCAUUGACGCCAUCCUCAUUGGCAACGACUUGAAAGAGCAGGACUGGAAUCUUUUGAAAACGACAGAGGUGGAGCGAAGACGACUGGCGUCUUUGGAAUGCUGGCCAGUGGCCGACGAGGGCAAUGGCAUCAUCUACGCCCACUGUGUAUGCCGAUCAGAUGAGGUCUUGGAUGAGCGAGGUGGGGGCACUGACAAGAUAGCGGUGCCAGAGUUUUCAGGAGAAGACGAUCGAGAUGGGUGCAAGGCCAAGAGCUACUUGCGGAAGGUGCAGGAGAUCGACCUUGCGGCCUUGGACUCCCCCGACGGCGUUGACGUCUUUAUGCAGUGGAUCACGGAGCACUACCUGGACAAGGAGAUCGUGAAGGCCGGCAAGUACAUGAGCGACUUCUUCAAGCACUACAAGCGUGGCCAUGCUCAGGAUAUCCGGGACUUCAACAUGGAGUUCGACAGGCACAUCAGCAAAUUGAAGGAGGUUGGAUGCGUGCUGCCAAGCGUAUGUUGCGCUUGGUGGUACAUCGACAAGUUGAGGAUGGACAACGCUGCGGAGCUCAACCUUCUCUCCUCUGUGGGGAACCAGUACGAGCUGAUCCGCCUCCAGGAGGCAGCAGUGGUUCAAGACCGGAUGAACCGGAGAAUCUGGGAACAGCGGAAGGUCGACACCAAGAAGAACCAGGUCUAUGUGGCUGAGAUCGAGGACACCCCGGACGAUGAAGAGGACCCGGAAGACCUCGAGCUCUACGACCUUGAGGAGACUACGGAGGUUGACGAUGACGAGACUCAUGAGGCGUACGUCGCUUUUCAGAAUGCCAAGGCAAAGUACAGUAGCAUGCUUAAGGCCAGGGGCACCAUCAGCCCACAGUCUCGUGAGGAGUCUCUGCAGAAAGCGAAGGCACGUUCUUACUGCAGUGCCUGCGGCAAGAAGGGGCACUGGCAUAAGGACCCCAUUUGUCCAAAGAACAAGCAGGCAUCAACGACUGCACCGCACACCACCCACAUCGCCUACUACACCAAUGGUCAGAUGGCCGACCUGGAGGUGAUUGUUGACUGCGCUUGCAGCCGAACACUGGCUGGUCCGGAGUGGGUGAAGGCCUAUAUGAAGAAGGCCGAUCAGUGCGGUGUGCCGUACUUUGUCAUGCGCCAGAACGAGACCUUCAAGUUUGGGGGCCCCAAGGUUUACCCUUCGACCAGGGCGAUGGUCUGCUUUCUUUGCCUUCAGGGCAAAUGGUUUGCGGUGAAAGUCGCCAUUGUGGCAACCCACGUGCCGCUCUUGCUGAGCCGCCCGGUCUUGGCUGCCUUGGGGAUGCAGUUCAAGUUGGAAACCAAUGAGGCCAACUUCACCAGCUUAGAUCUUGAGGACGUAGCUUUGAGUUUUACUGCUUCAGGCCAUGCUUGCGCUGAAGCUGUUUCCUUUUCUGGCCAGCCACCUGCUUGGCCUGACCUGGUGGACUGGAGUGUGACAGAAAUUCACAUUCCAGUACGAUCUGAGCGCCGUGAAGCAUACAUGGCGAGUGCAGCUUCAGAGGGUAUUGGGAUGCUUUUCUAUCCAAAGGUGAAAUUUCAGACCUUUUGUUGCAAAGAUUGGGAACCUGCCGAGAAUCGACUUGCAUACCAUGUCAUGCAAAAUGCCAUCAUAUUGUGGUCGAACAUUCUUGGAGAGAAGAUCAUGGACCACGAGCUGAAUUUCUUUGGAUUGGCCGCAGCCGUUUUCAACGGAAAGCUCAAGCCGCCCCACGCUCCUUGUCUUCUACGGCAUCCCAUGUCCACGAGGGCAACAACCCCAUCGCUAUGGAAGAUGAAGCGAGAGGAGUUGGUGACUGCCCUCGAGAAGCUGGGGAUCUCGGUGAGGGCGGAAUGGACAGUGCCCGAACUGAGGGCAACUCUGAUCGAGCAUCAAGAGACUCAGGGAACUCCCAACCCGAAGGUGAAGGGCCUCACUCGGCUCACCGUGGACGAGCUGAAGGACAAGUGUGCCGCCGAAGGGAUCGCCAUGCCGGACAGCAAGCUGACCCGGGGGCUCCUGAUGAAGCUCUUGAGGGAGAACGCACCCCCAACAGGGGACGAGGUGGUCUGCUUCGGGAUGUACAAGGGCUAUCUCUACAAGGAGGUCAACGAGAAGUACUUGGAGUGGGCGAUGGAAGAGGUGGCUGCCAAUCCUCAGCACUCCUUGGAUUUGGCACGCCUGGCCAGGUGGGCACAAGCCCGCUCCACCAUGCCUGGAACUGGUUCAAGGCCAUCGGCACCCGAGGUGGGAGCAGUUGUGCCGCUGCCCAAGGCAGCAUACCCGGUGCCGAAGGUCAACAUGCCAAUGAAAGAGGAGACGUCGUCGAAACAGUCAAGGACUUCAAGGACGAGACCCUUGAAGAUGGAGGAAUCGAGCGAGUUCUCGGAGGUGGAAUGGGCGACGGAAGACCGCAUCAAGGACAUGGAGGCGAGGUUGGCGAUCCUACGACAGAUCAAGGCCUACUGGCAGAAGGUUGAUGAGCUGAGGGAGAUGAGGAGAUCGAUGAGACACGAAGCGCUUUGGGUGGCUACCAACGACUCUGCAGAGGAGGACCUCCCGGAGAAGGACAUCGUCGAGCUCUAUGACCCGGACACCAUCGAGGCUGACGAGUAUGACAUCGACAACGACGGCUUGCCCAAGGUGAACCUCAACUACCCCUCGGACUAUGACGUGGUCCGCAACUUGCCGGCCAAGAGGAUGAAGAGGGCAUCACGGAAGAGGGUCACGGGGUGGGCUCAACGAGCUUUGACUUGCCUGUGCACCACCUUGGUGGCAUUGGCAUCUCCAGUGGCCGAAGAGCUCAAGGAAGUGGUGGUGGAGCCACUACACGAUGCCUAUCUGGCUGUCUCUGGUCACCGACCGCAAGAGGAGACGGUCUCCUUGCUGGAACUCUUUGCGGGGUCGGCCCAUUUGACGGGCUACUUCGCAGCCAAAGGAUACAAUGUCCUGGAGCCGCGAGACAUCGUCUACGGACACGAUCUGUUCGACAGGCGCCAGCAAGUGUCUGUCCUGGAGGACAUCCAGAGGAUGAAGCCCCGACUUCUUUGGGUGGCUUUACCUUGCACAAAAUGGUCACCUUGGCAACGAUUGAACUAUGCCCAUCGGCGACAACAACUUCGGCGUGAACAAGCCAAACAACGGAAGCUUAUGAAGUUCACCCUGGACUGCGCUUGGGAACAGCUUGAUGCCGGUCGUGAGGUUGCUUUUGAACACCCUCGCGACUCUGGGAUGUGGGAGGAUUCAGCUUUGGAACCUCUCAUCAAUUCACCUUUGAUGUCCCAGGCCACCUUCGACAUGUGUCGCUAUAACCUGAGGGCCGUCACGGAUGGCGGUAGGCUCAGGAAGCCUACUAGGGUGGUGGCAUCGAAUCGUCUGCUGUUGGACGGUUUACGUCUAACCUGUGGUGGUGGCCAUGAACAUACCGCCACACAAGGAAGAAACACCAGACCUGCUGGAGUCUACACCAAGGAAUUUUGCAGGGCCAUCUUCAAGGGCUAUGAGAAGAUGACACACUCUCUUUGGUAUCAUCGUGAGGAGCAAACUUGGGAAGCUAUGCCUGUGGGGACUACUUCGUCUACAUCUUCCGCAUCGAGGAGUCCUCCCGCGCCACAUCAAAGUCACGUUCGAGAUGCUCAAGUUCCACCUCGUUCUGAAGACCAACGACGUGCUGAUCACCAACCUGAUUCUGAUCAACAACCUGGUGCUGCUCUACCUGGAAAAGAAGGAGCUGCAGGAAUACAUCUGCCCAGCAGCGUGCCCAACCACAUUGCGAAGGCUCUCAAGAGGAUCCACCAAAACUUGGGACACCCUUCCAACGCCGACUUGAGUAGACAUCUACGUCUUGCCGGUGCUGGAGAUCUAGCAGUGAAGGCAGCACAGGCCAUCAAAUGUGAGACCUGUUCUCGGCUGACUGGCCCCGGCACUCGACGCCCUGGCCGUGUGGUACGCCCAUUGGACUUCAACCAAGAGGUAUGUGUGGACACCAUCGCCCUCUACGACGUGGACGGGGGCAAGAUCGAUGCCAUCUCCAUCUUGGACGUGGCCACUGGCUAUCACUUGGUUUGCAGAAUCCGUGGACGCAAGUCAGCUGACCUCCUCCAAGACUUCAUGGAUCAUUGGGUCCAAUGGGCGGGCCCACCUUUACAGGUGACUUGUGAUGAAGAACGAGGCCUGAUGAAAGAGUUCACUGACGGCCUCGACAUGCUGGGGAUCCGAUCAAGGUACACUGCAGGACAAGCUCAUUGGCAAAAUGGGGCUGUCGUUGACUAUGCACUCGCGAUGACCUGUGCAGCCAAGAACAACUUGCGCCGCCAUCAUGGAUACUCUCCGGCACAAUGGCUCUUCGGAUCAGAACCACGUACUGGGGAUGCCAUGCUGGAUGAGAAUGAAAAGCUAUUUCAGCUCGAAGAACUACGCACAGAGGAUGACCUUUGGCGUCGCAAACAGCAGAUUCGCUAUGCUGCCCGCAUAGCCUUCUUGGAGUCACAAGCCGAUGCUGCAACUAAACGAGCUCUACUUGGACGCUCUCGAGUAUAUCCUGGGCCUUUCUCGGUGGGUGACUAUGUGUACGUCUUCAGGGUCAACAAGACGGCUGGAGGUAAAGCUCGACAACGGCAGAAUGUAGGCGAACAUCUACGUCCUGCAGAGUCUGAGGAGCUUGGCCAGGCCUUUCAGACCCAAGCUCUCAAAGAUGACCUGAUGCGGGUGGUCCAGAACCUCAAGGACGAAGACAAUGAUGAGGUCUUCGCCGAUGCGACUGACCCUCCCCCGCUCAACAAAAGGGCGGUUGAAACACAACUGGUUCCAGAGCGUCGGGUCACAACCAAAGGGACAGUGAGAAUGCUGAAGAGGCCAGUUCCUCAACCUAGUGAUGACCAACCUGGCCGCAUAUCACCUGCUCAACAAAAUGCACAAGAUCUUGAAGCUAUCCCCGAACGUGAUGUCGAGGACGCGCUGGAUGAUGCUGUGAACCAAGCCUUUGUGGUCGAACGCCGAGCUCCUCGAAGCACCAUCAAGCAGCUCGACAAGGAAGUCAAGUGGGAAGAAAUCCCAGAAGGUGAGAAGUACCUCUAUCUCGAGGCUGAGAAGAAACAAUGGGAUGAACACCUCCGCUAUGAGGCAGUUCGGGUACAUCCUCCUGAAGAUGCUGGUCUUCUUCGAGCUAAGGUCCCCGCCAACAGGAUCUUGAAAGCUCGUUUCGCUUACAGAGACAAGAAUGUGGCAAAACGCCGGGAGGACCCAACCAUACCGGCAAAAGCAAAAGCCAGACUAUGCAUUGGAGGUCAUAUGGACCCUGACCUGCAGAAAGGCGAGAUCAACACUGAGGCCCCUACGGCUUCCAAGACAUCGAUGUUCACAUUGCUUUUCUUGGCCGCCCAAUUUGGCUGGCGACUUGCUGCUGGAGACGUGGAGGCUGCUUUCCUCAACGGCAUUGAGUCCAAGCGCAACUUGUACUUUGAGCCUCCCAAACGCGGGCUCCCUGGAGUCGAACCAGGCUCCUUGGUGGAAAUCGUGAAAGGGGUCUUCGGCCUCUCGAACAGUCCGAGGCUUUGGUGGGACAAGCUGGCUGGGGAGCUGAAGAAUCUCGACAUCAUCGUCAACGGCAUCCCGCUCCGCUUGGCACACCAUGAUUUUGACCCAUGUCUUUUUCUUUUGCAAGAACGGGACGAUCCCAACAAAUUACGUGGCGCCUUGAUCACCCACGUGGACGACCUGCUGAUCGCCGCGCCACCUGGUGAGAUACAACAACUGAUGAAGGGCCUCUCAGCGAUCUUCCCUAUCGCUGAGUGGGAGCAGGGCAACUUCGAGUACACGGGCUCUACGAUCACCCAGUAUGACGACGUGAUUGAGGUGCACCAGAAGUCGUACAUUAACUUCCGCUUGGAGACUGUCGAGUUCCCGGCUGCGUACAACCUCGACGACCCGGCGGAUGAGGUCACCAAGCAGGAUAACAUGAGCACUGUGGGAGCUUUGUCGUGGCUGGCAUCACAAAGCCGACCUGACCUCCAAGCUGGUGUAUCACUUGCACAACGAAAACAAAAGUCUCCAACCUACGGAGAUGUGAAGGAGACAAACCGUGUGGUCAAGAUGGCCCAAGCUGGCAAAGAUGAGCCCUUGCGGUUCACCCGGCUUACGGAUGACCCUAUAGCAAGCUGCUGCUUCUGGUGUAUCACGACGCAGCCUGGGCCAACGUGCAACCUGACCCCGUCGUUGAACCUCAUGAAGCAGAUGAUGCACAAGGACAAGGGGUCUAUUCCCAACUUGGCCACGUGA